GGGUAUGGCUAUGGCAAAUAACAUUUGGGUCUAUGUGUUGGUGAUCAUUGGAGGGCUUGCAUUGAGCUGCAAUGCCGCCACAUACAUUGUAGGAGACACUUCUGGUUGGGAUAUCAGCACCGAUCUCGACACUUGGUCUCAGGGCAAGAGGUUCUAUGUCGGAGAUGUUCUUGUGUUCCAAUACUCAUCGUCGCAGAGUUUAAACGAAGUGACAAGAGAGAAUUACAAUACCUGCAACACCACCAAGGUUCUAAAAGCCUACACAAACGGAAACACUACCGUCACACUGUCGCAGCCCGGCCAAAGAUUCUUCGUUUCCGGCAACAGGUUGCUCUGUCUCGGCGGAAUGAAGAUGCAAGUCAAUGUCGAGAACAACCAAUCAUUCUCCCCGGCCGCUGCUCCUCAGCCACCGCCGCAGUCUGACGGCCUCCCUCGGCCCUCUUCCAAAACCGACAACGAUGGCAUUCCGAGCGGCUCGACUCGGCAUGUGAUCGGUGGAAAAGAGGCACUUGGGAUUGUCUUGGCGUGUUAUGUCAUCUCCUUGGCCUUUAUAAUAUAAUAUUUGAGUUUUUAUUUGUUU